AUGAAUUUAAAAUAAAAUAACUCUUUUAACCUGUUUAUAGGUUUUAAUUUGAUUUACUUUUCUUUUUCUUUUUUAUUGUAAUUAUGUUGCUUUUUCUAUUAUCUUUCUUCAUUUUUUAUUUUCAACGUUUGCUUUUAUUAUUUAUUAAUUCAUUUCUUAUUAAUUCAUAUUUUUUAUUUAUUUUUUCCUUCUAAAUAAUUAACUAAUUUUAUAUUUUUUCUUCAAUAUUUAAAAAGUUCAAAUGGAAUUGGCGAUUAAGGUGCAUCAGGCUUAGGCUCUGGUUUAGCAAAUUGCACUCAUCUCUCAAAUUUAACACUUUAACUUAGUGGCAAUAAAAUUGGUGCAAAAGGUGCAUCAGGCUUAGGUUCUGCUUUAGCAAAUUGUACUAAUCUCUCAAAUUUGACACUUUAUCUUAGUUCCAAAUUUAUUGAUAAAUCUUAAUAAUUGAAAGUAAAAAGCAAGUGUCUUAAAUCAAAAAAAUUAAUUGUCAUUAAAAUAAGUUUCUAUUGA